AUAGUCAGGUGACGCUUCAAGAGCAGCAUAGUAGAUCCUCCCUUAGAGGUGACAAGCGACGCAUCGCAUCGUCAACACAAUAUAAAAGCCUCCCCACUUCGUAGUUUAGACUGUUUCCACGACAACGAGGAACAUUUUAGAAGCAGCAACAUCAGUACAAGAAUCUGAGACUGAUUAACCAUAGGAUAUGGAGCAAUUACAAUCACAUGCAGCUGAUCAGGCACAAACGCCGGCAAUUGCAGGGAUGUCCUCAUAUGGCGAACCAACAUCUGACAGAAAACCUCUAUUGACAUAUGAGACACCUUUUACAGCCCCAGAUGCACUCUUAUACUCUUCCCUGCUGAGCGAUUCAUUUCUAAGUCAGUUAUCCAUGGACAACUCAGCGUCGAUGAAAGAACUCAGCUUGUCAGAAGAUAGCAGAGAGGUCACGCGAGAUUUUGAUGAAAAACUAUCACAGGACAGCUUUCUUUCUUACAGUGAAGAUAUGAUUUGUAAAUUAAUGCAAGAGUCUGACUUUGAAGAUUUGCUCACGGCUGGCUCAUCUGGCGUCGACGAACCUCGGUCAGAUCCUGCGACGGAACUACCACCAACAAAUUCUUUUGACGCUAGACCUCAUGAAAUGCCCGUGAUUAUCGCUUCCAUGAGAGGUGGGCACCGCUGCCUAGCUACUGAUAGUAGUCGGUGCGCCUUCACCAAAUACCAGUUCCUCCCGGCAAACGAAAACGGGCAUGACGAAGCUAUGUCUACUCGCCUUUCUUUCUCCCAGCCAGGCCCCUGCCUCCCUCUCAGUCCACUCAGGACCAACGAUGGUCCGAAAUCACCACGAAAAAUGGCUGUUGUCGCCACCUCAGAUGUUGCCCGUUCCUCCUCUCGAGGUAAGGCAAGGACCUCGCGGCGGAAGCGCACCUCACUGAAACAUGCUUCGCGUAAAGCAGUUGCCAAGCAGGCAGCAGCAGCCCCUUCACGAAGUCAGGCAGGGGAGGACUGCGAGCCUUUUAAGGUCACUGAAGGAAUGAAGAAGCCAGUGGAUGAUAGCAAGGUAGAAUGUAAUGGCUGCAAUGCGACUUUCUGCACUAUAUACAACUGGCAUAAGCACAUUCAGCUGAAACGCUGCAGGGAAACAAAAGAAAGAAAAACUGGCGGGAAUAUUUUCUGCUCUGGGUGUGGAAAGCCAUUCAAAUUACUGAAAUACCUCUUUUAUCAUAUUGCCCUCAAGCGAUGCAAAGGUAAGAACAAACAAGAAUAGGCAUAGUAGUUCAGGUUUUUACAAGCCUAUGGCCCAGAAAUUAACUCCACGUAGGCUUUUUGAUAAGAAACCCUUUGGUAUAAUCUAGGUUUCUAGUUUGGAUUAAAUCAGACUAAAAUCUAACUUCUCUGUAAGAUAGACACAAGCAGGAAUUGUAGAAUAUGUUUUCCCAUAAUGUGUUUUUCCCCGCUAACAUUAUGUUCUUCAGUGGGUCUUCUGCUACAUAAUUUUGAUAACCAAUCACUGCCUACUUCCUACAUCAACCUGCUGGCGAGAAGCACAGUAGAUUAUAGAGAAGAAAUAUCAGGAGGGGAUGAAGCAUGAAAGGAAAAGGAACUUCUCUCUUCAGUUGUAUUUACUAUGACAUGCCGUGUUACUAGAAAAGAAAAUGAUAGCUCACAUUUUUAUGAGGACUAUUUAUUAUUAUUUCAGUACUGGCAUUCCUAAUAAGAAUGUACGGAUGAUGUGAAUAUUGUUCUUGUUUUUCUUCUUCUAUGGGCAGUACUACGUCAUGGUAGAUAGAGCAAAUAAUGUUUUUCUUGUUAGUUUGGAGAUAUAUUUUUCAUUACACGAGGACAAAUAUUUAAAUGCUCAACCUGCUAAGCCAGCUAUGGUAAUCAAUGUCAGUAUAUAGCUCUUUUUCAGUGUUAUCAUAAACCAUUUAUUAUUUUAUUGAAACUAUUUUUAUUUUUGUCUGGCUUUGACUACUGUUUUUAUUUGGUGGCAGAUGUUAUUAAUCUUGUCAUUUCUGUAAGACGGAAUCAGAAAAGUUUUUAAAAUUAGUAUUUUAUUAUGAAACUGCAAUGACGUUUUAUGGUGGAUGCGUUAAGUUUUAAGUUAUAAUCUCUUAGCAUUUUGUUUUUAUAUUAAAACCUGUUUGGAUGUUAAACUACCCUGAAAAUUGUCUUCCAUCUUAAAUAAUCAUAGCAUUCAUAUCUGGAAAUGGCUUGUCAUUUGAUGUGAUAUUUUGAAAUUAAAUAAUUAUUUAUAUAAUCCCUUAA